AUGGAACCAACAAAACCGUUACCUAUAUUUGAACGACGUUUAUGGCGAGAAGAUGAAGCUGAUCAAGCAUUUUUACCCUUGAUGAAACAAUUACGCGAUGCUAAACCUGCAGAAGAAGUUAUAAACGCUGUUUUAGAUCAUCAAGUACAUUAUGAUCAACUAAAUCUUCAUUUUUCUGGUGAACAACUUGCUAAAUUACGAACAUUAGCUGGUGGAAAUAGUGUAACAAUACAAGAUGCACUUACAGCAUAUGUUAUAUUAACACUUAAUGCAUAUUGUUAUAAUGACAAUGUUGAACAUCGUAUUUUGCGUACAAAUACAGUUAUUAAUUUUCGUGGCAUUUCUGAUUCUAUUGCUCCACAAGGUCAAGUUUCGAAUGCAGUAUUCAUGAUGUUAUCAGAUAAUUUUGAUGAUCCAUAUUCAUUAUCAAAUAUUGCGAAGACGAUACGGCGAUCAAUUGUUGAAUCACGUAAUUCGAAAACUCUUGAACCUCGGUUGGCUACUUUUGAUGGAUUAAUGAGAAAUAAUGUCAGAGAUAAUAAAUUGCCAGAUUUGGGAUGUUUUCCAAAUGAAUUUGCUGUUAAUUCAAGUUUGAGAUAUGAUUGGGCAGGUUUAGUUGACUUUGGUUAUACUGAUAAAUGUCGAUUUUAUAGAGCUUCGACAGAUGCAUUAUUUUUACGUGUACUUCGUCUUAAUCCAGAAAAAGAUGGAAAUAUAUGGCUACCAAGGGAUCAAUAUGGAGCUGAAGUAUUAUUUCGAGUACUAAAAGAUUUGAAAGAGAAAUUCGUGAAUGCAUGGAAACGAGACGUUAAUGAACAUUUUGAAAAUGUAAAGAAAUAG